UCUAGAAACAUGGUCUCGACCGGUUAUCUGAAAUUGAUAAGAACAGGGUCUCUACAGGUUAUCUAGAAACGAUAUAAACAAGGUCUUGGCCGGGUAUCAUACCCAAUCUCUGGGUGAGAAUCCCGAUAAGUUAAGGGAGGGCAUUAAGGGUGGGCAGGCAGCGUUGACAGUUAAGGACGCGGACGAGACGAUGAUAUUUGGAGCUCAGCAAGCAAGCGAGCAAGCAUCGGAGGCGAUGGAGAUGGAGGUGAGAGUGGAGAGUUGAGAGCAGAUUGAAGAAUUAAUAUGGGGCCAUGACGAUGAAGUAGUCGAGAGAUGCAUGGAGAGAUGCAAACAACGGCUGCCUCAUCGUAUUGAGCGCCACGUUGAUCCCUGCGCGUGCUCACCGCUCUGCAUGACCGUCAUGGUGGUGCUCUUGUUACUUAUCGAUGGGGUGGAGUGCGACGCCGCGAAUCUUCUGCGGAACGGAGACUUCAUCGACAUCAAAAUCCAGUUCCAGUCGUACCCAAUGCAGGAUGUGUUGGCGCAUGGGGUGAAGUCGGGAUUGCCUUACUGGACGUGCGUGCACGGGGGCGUGCAGCUCUGGGACACGCAGAUCUACAACCCCCCGAUCGCGGUUGCGAACGCCACUUACAUCGUGCACAUGAACUCGCGCGUGGGCGGCGGGCACAUCGUCUCCAUGCCUAUGUACACGUCGCGGGAGAAUGCGGAGUAUGUGGUGUCCAUGAGCUUGGCCUGCAACCCUCACGGUGGACCCCGCAGACAGUCUCUGCAGGCAAUUGUCUUCGACGACCAGGGCAAGGAGAUUGUGCCCAAACCCAGCCCCUUUGUGCUCAUGUCAAACCCUAACAGCUCCAUGGACAAUCUUGACUGGAUGAGGGUCUCCUUCAAGACACUGGGGACGGGGAAAUGCUUGUACCUGUACCUGAUGUCCCUGGUGAGAGGCUAUUACGGCUUGCUAGUGGCGAACAUCCAAGUUAACAUAGUGAAUUUAGUCGAGAACGGGAGCUUUGAAAAACUGAUCUUGCCUGCCGGCACUGGCUUCGCAAGCGGGCACGAUUUAGUGGUGACUGCUCCUGACAAAUUCUACUGUCCCCAUUGGAAUGUGGAAUCCGGGAAAGUGCGGGUAGCAAUGACGGGGUCGACAAUUCGAGUUACGGAGCCGGGGAGGAGACGUUACGGGUUCUUCAUGGACAACGAAUAUGCUUUCCAAUCUGCCACUGACGGAGGGCGAUAUACUGUCGAGUUGAAUGCAGGUCUCCUCCAAGGCGUGAUCAGCACCAUGUUCUGGGUGCCCUCCAAUUCAUCCAGCGACAAGGACCACGAGUACGUAUUGCUGUUCGACACAGCAGCAAACCCGAUACUGGAAUACGCGCAAUUACUGCCCGGAGAAGAGUCUCCGGUGUUCCGGUUUGGAAAGAUGAAGAUUAACAUCAUGGGUUCAGAGAGUGGCAAAGUCCUGUUAGAAAAUGAAUAUGAAAACAUGAAUACCUCUGGGUUCGAGAAAUCCAACUUGGGAUGGUUGACGAGGAACUACACAUUCAAGAUGCCAGCAGACAAGUCCGCCAAGAUCACAUUUUCAAGCUUGACGAAAGGUAGCUACGGCCCUUUAUUAGAUAACGUUGUAAUAUAUGAGGUGAAGGAUAAGGACCAGUGGAGGAAGGAGUGCACGGCAGCUAUAAACGCAGAAGCAAAUACAAAUACGAGUGGCUCAGACAAAGAAAGGCCACCAGUUAUUGUUGCGGAAAAGCUAGCUGUCCUCGUAAUGACAAAGGUGCUGUUCCUGGUGGUGGUCUCCAUGCGAUAAGUUGCAAAGAGCUACCCUUGGGUUCGUUGAGUUAUAUUGGGAAAGCCAUCAAUCAUCUGGUCUCUUGUGUAUUUCUAUUAUCUACAUGCACAGUAUUCUACUUCUGUUU